GGAUGCUUACUGCUGAGACAUCUGGGUCUGAAUCAACAUGCUGACUUUUUUCAUUCUGCCGUCAUCAACACAGUCAUACAAAACAAAAUCUUUAUUGGCAGUCAUGGUCAAGCUGUACUACAAGAUGACUUUGCUUCCUCCAUGCAACGAGACAGUAAUGAGAUUACAUCAGUACAUGAUCAGAACUGGCUCCUGUCUCCUGGGGGAGUUAUGGAACAGGUUGUAGUUGGAUGUCAAGAUACGUCGCUUUCCUCUAUCACAGACUACCCAAUUCAUUUAGAAUACAACACGGAUCCCGCCAUGCCUCACUGGACUCUCCUAAAACCCAGCUGUCUGCCUGAUGAUGGGGACCAGUAGAUGUAAUCCCAGAGUGUACGACGGAGGAAGCGUCUUCUCUUCUAAUCAGCAUGGUGUGUGGAAGAGAUCCUCUACCACUGCAAACAGUUCCAAGUGACCUGAUGUUCGUCCUGCAAAUCGGCAGCACCACCAUUGAUAACCCAAGCUGUUCUGUCAACCUCACAUCCCCACACACCAAGAACAAGGCCAUCCUCCUACAAUACACAGUCAAUAACGGCAUCGACUGGCACCUGAUUGAAUCACAUGACCCAGUGGACUACCAGCGGGCACAGAGAUUGUCCUACAGCCUGCCUACGAGGGCCAAGGGUAGAGCUGUCAGGUUCCGUUGGUGGCAGCCUCAGCACGAUGGGCCAGAAAACGACCAAUGGGCGAUCGAUAACAUACAACUCGUUAUGUUACGAAGCCAUAUGUUAAACCGCUACCACCAGUGAAGGGCUAACGAGAGUUUGAUAUUAAUCAACACAUUACCAACUGGUUUGCAAUCUCGGGCCUCAUGACUUGCCGGUGUCUCCAAGAUUUAACAUUAUACCGUUUUAAGAAACACCUUUUUUGGUUAAUGAAAAGAUUGAACAACAAUUCAUUAUUACUCAUGAUAUUAGAAUUGCAAGAGGCUUUAAAGGCAGUGGACACUAUUGGUAAAUACUCAACAUAU